AUGGCAAAACACUUUGGUUUGCUCUUGGUUCUUGCCUUUGUUCUUGUUGUGACGGCUGAAGAUUGUACCGUCGACCUAAAAGGGCUUAUCCGGGAGUGCAAGCAAUAUGUGAUGUUUCCCGCCAGCCCAAAGAUAACUCCUUCGAGUGCAUGUUGUAGUGUGGUUCAGAAGGUCAAUUCACCGUGCCUGUGCUCCAAGGUCACCAAGGAGAUCGAGAAGGUGGUAUGCAUGGAUAAGGUUGUGUAUGUCGCUGAUUACUGCAAGAAUCCACUCAAACCUGGCUCCGACUGUGGCAGUUACCAUGUCCCAUCUCAAGGCCGAUAG